UUGGUCCGGAGCCAGAGGGGUUAAGAUUUGCGAGUAGAGGCAUUUCCAUCGCCGUGGGCAUUUCGUUGUUCGUCAACAACGCAGAGGUGAUAUAGUAAUACAUAUUCGACAUACUUUAUUCAGAUAAUAUUCUUCCUGUCAAAAAGUUAUCAGUGGUCACGGAUUGUCGAAGCAGCAACUGACCUCGCUUUCAUAGUGCGGGCAAGAUGGGUGGAGGCGGCAGGCCAUAUGAGAUCCCCGACUGGCGCAAGUACAAGGUGGAGGACGCCCCCGAGCUGGUCAACGUACGGAACGCGCUGGCGCAAAAGGGCCUCAAGGACCCCUGGUUGCGGAACGAGGUGUGGAAGUACGACCAGAAGAUGUUCCUGACGCCGAACGAGCGCAUGACACGCUUCUUCUUCCGCGGCUUCAAGUACGCGGCGGCGGCGAUGGUGGUGACGAUCGUGGCCGACAAGAUCGGCCUGCUCGGCUCCGAUGACCACCACGGUUCUGGCCACCACUGACGCCGCCCGCCCGCUAGCUCUCUUGUGUGUUAAUGGAUCUAGUGGGUCCGCGAAAGUCAGGUGCUCAUAGGGAAGUGUUGGAAGCGGCGGUGUGUCCGCCAUGUGGCCGGUUGAGAGAGAAAUGGAAUAUAUUGUGAACGU